AUGCUGGCAUACCAACAGCGUGCCGUGGAUGAGUGGCUUCGGUCGUCGUCCGCUCUGGCCAUAUUCGGUCAUGGUCUUGGCGUCCAGACUGUUCUUCUCGAAGCGCUGCGUCGUUCCCUAGCAGCCGCCCAACUCGAUGCAGAGAGCGAAAAGCGUUCCAUCAUCGUUUUAAAUACUUCGCAGGAAGAAGCAGAGCUCCUAGCCAAACGUGUGUCCGCGGACCCGCGUUGGGCAGGGUUGCAAGACAAGUUGACCGUCAUCGGUUCCGCCCUCGGCGUGGAAGGACGUAAAGCAGCACUUGCGAAAGGUGGUGCAUUUAUUGUUCAUGCUCAGCUACUCGUCACGGAUCUGCUUGGAGAUCGCCUUCAGCCAGAGAACAUCGAGGGAGUGUUUGUGAAUAAUGCGCACGGGGUGGGCGAGUUGUCGGCAGAUGCUUUUAUGCUGCGUUUGUUCCGUGUGGGCAAUCGAAACGGGUUCGUCCGAGCUAUUUCGGACAUGCCGGAUGCUUUUGCCCGCGGGCAAGGUCAGCUGGAAAAAGUGAUGCAGCGGUGUUUUGUGAACGACUUGGAAGUAUGGCCGAGAAUCCGGAAAGAUGUGCAGGAUUGUCUCCGGCACGAGGAAUGGGAGCAGGACGUGCACCAGAUUGUUUUGGAGCUGCCGCAGGAUGUCAAAGCCAUCCAGGGGCAUAUCCUGAACAUUGUGCAGAGCACGCUGCUUGAGCUGCAGAAAGACCCCAACCUCGACAUGGGGCACCUGAAGAUGAGGGACUCCGUCUCCCCCGCCUUCGAGGCCGAGCUGCGGCAAGUCCUGGACCCAGUUUGGCUCAGCUUGGGCCCUCAUGCGCGGCGGCUGGUGAGUGACUUGAGUGGCGUGCGGAGACUUCUCACGGAACUCUUGCGCAGCGACGCGGUGGAGUUCCAGCGGGUGCUGGAGAACCUCUGUGCUUCUAGGGAUGCUGGGAAGGCUCCUGUAUGGUUACACAGCCCUGAUGCUCAGGCUUGCCUAAGCUUGGCAAAGGCACGUGUAUACGAGAUCCAUGCGAACCCGGAUGGUGCAGGGCAGGUCUUGCAGCGGAAUGUGCAGCCGCACGCCAAGUGGGCAAAGAUCCUGGAGGCAGUCGACCGCACGCUGGUGGACGUGGCAGAGCGCCGCGAACACCCGAAAGCUGGAUGCUUUGAGUUUGCUUCCCUGAACAUGGGCACUCAGAUCAGCUUGGAUUUGGAUGACAGUGACAUAGAGAUCAUGGUGCAGCCCGUCGCCAAGCGACUGCGCACGGAGCCUUGCAACAGUGCCGCCAGUACCGAUGCCCCUGGCAGUGCUGGCGCUGGUGACGUCGUGGAGCCCCGGAUUCUCCUCAUCGCCCCAGAUGAUCGCUCCCGGCGACAGCUUUCCACUUUGCUUCAUCGCGGCCCGCAGGCCACCCUGUUGGAUGGCCUGGAGGCAUACCUGCGGGAACGAAGCCAGCGGCGGCAGGACCUCUCAGGGGACCUCUCCACCCCCUUGAGAUUCGGCGAGGCCGCGCUGCUCGCAAAUGAAGCGCAGGCAGUUGCCCAAGAGCUUGAGGAGCUACAGCCCCGAAGCGCUUUGCAGGCUCGUAAACUCGCGGAUGGGCGAAUGUGUCAUCCCAGGAUCGACAUCAUUUCUGCAGACGACACCGAGGGACAGCUGGAAGUUCGCCUUGCGGAGAUGCAGCCCCACGCAGUCCUCGUUUUCGAGCCCACGCUUCAUGCGAUUCGGGCCUUGGAGGUCUAUUGUGCUUCUUGUAAGUCGGCAAGGCAAGGGCCCGUCAUCAAAAAGGAGGCUGGCACGGCUGGCUAUGCGGAGCCAACACGAGCACUGGUACCUUUCCACGUUUACCUGCUGGUCUUUGACGAGUCCGUGGAGAAGCAUCGCUUCGACCAGUGCGUGGUGCAGGAGAGCGAAGCGGUGGAUUCCCUGAUUCGGUUUCGGCAGCACCUCACUUUCAGAGUGGACCUUCCUACUGAGUCCCUUGCCCCCGAGCCAUCUUCCAGACGUGGUGGGGGUUCGAGGUCUCUGAAAGGAAUGACGAAGCCUCGCGUGGUAGUGGACAUGCGGGAGUUUCGUUCGACCCUUCCAUUCAUGCUGCACCUUCGCGGCUUGGUGGUGGAGCCUGUCACGAUCCCUGUGGGCGACUAUGUGCUGUCUCGCGACAUCUGUGUGGAACGCAAGGCGGUGACAGACCUGAUCCAAUCGCUGCAGAGCGGCCGACUUUACCAGCAGGCGCAGAACCUUUGCCACCACUACGCCAACCCGCUCCUGCUGAUCGAAUUUGAUCCCUCAAAAGGCUUCAUGCUUCAGAGCAGCUACCUCAUUGCACGCCGUGAGAUCGAGAUUGGCACCAAGGAUGUGAUCGGGAAACUGCCCCUGGUGGUACUUCACUUCCCCAAGCUAAGGAUCAUCUGGAGCCCUUCUCCGCGCUUCACUGCAGACAUUUUCCUGAAGCUGAAAGAGGGGAGGUACCAGCCGGACUCCAAGGCUGCGUCCGAGAUCGAUGCUGAGGACCUGGACGAAGAUUUGGUGGAGGGCAAACUGAAGGCAGCCCAGGUCAACUCUGGUGCCUUCGAUGUCCUGCGAAAAUUUCCGGGCGUGAAUCCCAGCAACAUGAACAGCCUGGCACGGCGUGCGGGCUCGUUGGCAGGGAUUGCAGACCUUUCACUGGAGGUGCUGGUGGAGGUCAUGGGCCGGGCGAAUGCCGAGCUCUUGAACAACUUCCUGCACUCCAGCUGCUUGCCUCCCGCCCCAACGCAGGACCGCGAGGGCGCCAAUGAGGAGAAUGAGGAGAAUGAGGAGAAUGAUGGAGCCAGUGAUGCGGCACCCGCUGAAGAGGCAGAGGAUGCGGGCGAGGCGAAUGUUUCGAUCGAGAUGCACAACAGAGCGCCAGAGCCAGAGCAGGGAAGGACUGGAGCAUCACCAUCCUCAGCUCAGGAGACAAUCGAGGAUCCUAGUGACGAUGAGUGGGAGGCGACUCGAGCGGAUGUGCCCAGUCCAGAAGUUUGA